UCGGCCAUCCUUUCCUAUUCCAAAUCUCCAAUCCCCGCACCCACCGCUCCCCUCCACCAUCCCACUCCUCCGCUCGUUUCAGAACCUUCUCGAUGCUUCUCUCCCGCAGGUUCUCCUGCGCCCUCGCCCGCGCCCCCUCCCUCGUCCGGGGCCGGCCCCUCCCGCCGCGCGCCGCCCCUGCCACUCCUCCGGCGUCCCGCCCACCGCCCCGCCGCCUCAUGUCCUCCUCCUCCGCUGGGUGGCAGCACGCAUCCCGCCCCCCUCCGCUGCCGCCGCUUCACCCCGCCGCCGAGAAGGAUCAGCUGUUCCGGGGUCUGGAGGCGGCGCUGGGCACCACGUUCAGCUCCGAGCCGCUGGCGCCACCGCCGCAGCCGAUGAUCCUCGUCAUCAGCGGGCCCAGCGGCGUCGGCAAGGACGCUGUCAUUAAGAGGCUCCAAGAGGAGAGGGAAGGGAUGCAUUUCGUCGUGACCGCGACAAGCAGGGCGAAGCGGCCAGGUGAAGUUGACGGGAAAGACUAUUACUUCAUCACUAAGGAGGAGUUCCUAACGAUGAUUGAGAGGGAUGAGUUGCUUGAGUAUGCUCUUGUUUACGGGGAGUACAAAGGGAUCCCCAAGCAACAGAUUCGCGACUACAUGGCUAAAGGCUGUGACAUUGUCUUGAGAGUGGACAUUCAAGGAGCAGCAACUUUGAGAGAAAUACUCGGUGAAUCUGCCAUCUUCAUAUUUUUAGUUGCAGAGAGUGAAGAGGCACUUGUUAAAAGGCUAAUCCACCGUAAAACAGAAACAUCAGAUAUGCUUCUUGUCAGAAUUGCAACAGCCAGGGAGGAGGUGAGACGCAUGCAGAAUUUUGACUACGUGGUUGUAAAUGCUGAAGGGAAGCUUGAGGAGGCUGUUAAACAAGUGGAGUCUAUCAUUGAUGCUGAGAAGGCUAAAAUUCACAAGCGGCCUGUUAAUAUCUAAGCUAAAGCUCAUGUGACCUAUGCCUAAUAUAUUCCUCUGUUUGAAGGGAUAUUAUCUGUACGACUUAAUCUGUCCAAGUUUGCUGAAGUGUGAAGGAAAUUCGUUACAACAAUUUGACUAAGUUCAGGUUUCAGUAGUCAGAAAGUUCAAUGGAUUGCUGAGUCACAGGAAUAUAACAUGUUACCUUAAGCAGUCUCCCUUGAGAUACUUUCCGGGAUGUAUAUUCUGUUUUACUUUUUCGUUAUUUGUCUCUCUAUUGUUUGUUUACUUUGGUUCCUAGUUCUAACGGAGGGCAUCUAAAGGGCUGUAACAAACUAGCUUCGGAUGAAAUCUUAAAUGAUGUUUUCUC